AUGGGCAUACUCCUGAUCUACCUAAUCAGUCAAGCAGUCUACCUUCUCAAGCGAAAGUACAACAUCAACAUUAACUUCAACAUGGACAAAUUAUCCUCGGGAGCCUCCAGCUCCAUUGCCAACUCGGCACCUAUUUCCAUUUUCUCCUACUGUGCUUCAUCCAUCUUGAUGACCAUCACUAACAAGUAUGUUUUGUCUGGUUUCUCCUUCAACUUGAACUUCUUCUUGCUUGCAGUUCAAUGUAUCGUUUGUAUCGUUACCAUUGGUACCUUGAAAGCCCUUGGCAUCAUUACCUACAGGGAGUUCAACCGUGACGAAGCCAAGAAGUGGUCUCCUAUUGCUUUCUUGUUGGUUGCUAUGAUUUACACCGCUUCCAAGGCCUUGCAAUUUUUGAGUAUUCCUGUUUACACCAUCUUCAAGAACUUGACCAUUAUCUUGAUUGCUUACGGUGAAGUGUUAUGGUUCGGUGGUAAGGUCACUUCUAUGACCUUGGGCUCUUUCUUCUUGAUGGUUUUGUCCUCGGUCCUCGCUUGUUACGGUGAUUCCAACAGUGCCAAGACUCCAGAUGACACCCUUUCCUUGUACUUGGGUUACUUCUGGAUGUUUGCCAAUUGUUUUGCUUCCGCUUCCUUUGUGUUGAUCAUGAGAAAGAGAAUCAAGUUGACCAACUUCAAGGAUUUCGACACCAUGUACUACAACAACUUGUUGUCAAUCCCAAUUUUGUUGAUCUCUUCUAUUAUUUUUGAAGAUUGGUCUGCUGAAAACCUUGCUCUUAACUUCCCUGCUACCGGCAGAACCUCCACUGUUGUUGCCAUGAUUAUUUCUGGUGCCUCAUCCGUUGGUAUUUCCUACUGUUCCGCCUGGUGUGUUAGAGUCACUUCCUCGACCACCUACUCUAUGGUUGGAGCUUUGAACAAGUUGCCAAUUGCCCUUUCCGGUUUAAUUUUCUUUGAGGCUGCUGUCAACUUCUGGUCCGUCUCUUCCAUCUUUGUUGGUUUUGUUGCUGGUUUGGUUUACGCUGUCGCUAAGCAAAAGCAACAAAAAGAACAACAGGCACCAACAUUGCCAUUGUCCAAGUAA